GAUGAUUAAAAGUUGAAGAACCAAACACGCGGGUUGAUUUGGUUACAGAUGUCCUUGCCUUGAAAUUUCGGGUUCCAAAGAACAUAUUGUCCCGUAAUGCUUCAAAGUCUUUCACGUAUUGGGGAUACAUUUGCACGACUACCUUUCUUAUUUUUUGUCGAAUUAGUAGCAACAAAACGCGUUACUUUUCUUUAUGAUUACUGGAAACUCUAUUCCAAUUGGAUAACAUCAACCUGUCCUUCUUGUUUGUGUCCAGAUGAAUCUCAUAUCAGCUUCAUUAUCUCAGUCGCUUUCAUCAUUUGUGCAGUCACCUCAGUUAUUUACAUUAAAGGCAUUUUCACUGUUGUAUUUAUUGUAAUAAAUCUCUUUCUUGUUUGUAUAAUGUUUACGAAUUAUAUGUCUUUAUUGUACACUAUCACGUUACCGACAUUUCCACCCGCUUUGUCUUCUUCCUCUACUUAUUUUUCCUCGUCGUCGUCUUCUUCCUCACUGUCAUUACUUAUACGAUGGCAUUGUAUAUUGGGCUGUUUAUUACUCUCUACUUCACUUUUGUUUAUGCUAAUAAAUUCAAUAUUCAGGCGUAUACCACCUUAUAAAUAUUUUAUAAUUAUAAUUCUUUAUAUCUCUGUACUAUUUAUCUCUUCAUUGCCAAUUAUUAUUAAGUCCUCAUCAAUAGAAUUGACGAGAUCCGAUAAUGCAAAAUCAUUGAGAAUGAUGAUGAUAACAACAACGACAACAGCAAAUGAUAAGCAUUCAUUUCAUACAAAUGUCAUCUAUGGAUUAAAUAAUUUUUCAUCAACGUGGUUAUUCUAUGUCUAUACAAUGGUUAAACCGAAUUGUUGUGUCAAGCAAUCUAAUGUAAAUAGUAAUUGGCAAUCUCUUUGUCUGCCUACAAAUAUUCAUUUGUUUUCAUCAAAUGAGAAUAUUGUUCAUGAUGUAACUAUUGUUUCUGAAGCAGCUUAUCGAUAUGAUAUAAUCUUACUAACUUGUUCUUAUGGUUUAUUGUGUAUUUAUAUACUACUUCUAUUGUAUUGUUUAAGCAUUACUGAUAUUUAUGAGAUCUUUAUGUCAUGUGUUAAUAUAGAGCUGGAAUUAUAUCGACUUGGUCUAGUUGAUUAUAUCACAUUUCAUUGGAAUCGAUUAGAUGUACCACAAAUUUUAAUGUACUUUUGGUCAUUCAAACUAAUGUCAGUGAUUAUUUUGGGUCCAGUAUGCUGGGAAAUUAUUCCAACUGGUGAUGUUAAUGUUGAUGAGAUAUCAGCGAAACUAUUCAAUUCUUCUACAUUGAAUGAAUAUUCUAAUCUGGAUACUGCCAAUCAAUCAACAUUAUCUAUACUAUACACAAGGUUAUUUGUUGGUCUUUUUGUACAUGGAUCAGAAACCUGGUUGUCAGUGUGUGGAGCAGCUGCAUUUUUCGGUGCAUUAGCUACUAUUUUCGUUUCUAUAUUGGUCUUUUUAUUGGAUCCAUCCCGUACUGGCACAGCUCGAUUAGCAGUGGUAGCUGCAGAAGCUCCAGCUGAUCCACAUACAUGGAAUGUAAUUGAUGAUCCAGCGUUAGCUUUAGAUCAAAAUGAUGUUAUUGCUAUGGAAUUACUAGCUAGUACAGGAUGGAAUUGUGCUGUUGUCUUUUUGUUCUUAGCUUUCCAAUCAGAUAUGCCUAAUCUUCCACCAGUUUAUCGUGCAUCAUGUUCUAUGUAUGGAAUUAUGGUUCUUGUGAUUGCGUGUAUCCAUCCUAUUCAAGCAUUGAUCAAGUCAUUCUUAUUGCGUCUUGGGGCACCUGGUCAACAAACAAAUUGGUCCGAACAUGUACGACCAUUGUGUUUUUGUGUUGUGCUAAUUUUUGCAGCUUUCAAUAUGUUCACUUGUUUACCAAGAAUAUUAACAAAUGACAAACUGGAUUAUAUUCGUAAUAUGAAUCACAGUGAAAAUGCAUCCUAUUUAGCUGUUUUAUCACAUAUUGGCUCAUCGGAAGAAGCAAUACUUGCGAGACGACUAAGAAUAUUUCUAAGCGGUUGUCAAUUAUUAAUUAGCCUUGUAGUUACACUAAUUGAAUAUGCUAUUUAUCAAUACUCUUAUCGAUAUCCUAAUUGGACAGGAUUUCAACCAACAAUAUUUUGGACAAAAGUGAUUAGUUCAGUAGUUGAUUAUUUUAUUUCAUUAUUAUCAUUUCUAACAGUCUGUUGGUUAGUAUUCUAUGAUUCUUUUGGAGUGUGUCGUUUGUUUAUUAUUUGUUGUUAUUUCUCCUUAGUUUUAUAUCCAUCAGCGCGUAGAGCAUAUAUAUGGAUAAAAUGGCGAUUAUUAUGCACUAAACGUAUGAAUGAUUUAGUUAAUCCUAGUAAAAUACAAUUAGAACGGUAUGGUGAUACAUGUCCAAUAUGUUUUGCUGAAAUGACUAUAACUACAGCAAAAAUUACUAGAUGUGGUCAUCUUUAUCAUUCUGAAUGUCUUAUACAGUGGAUGAAACAUAAAUUAACAUGUCCUAUAUGUCAGUCAGAUUUAUUGUCAACUAGAGUGACUAAUAAACGACGAGAAGUUACAAGUGCUCGAAUGCAAGAGACUAUAGUAGGUGAACAAAAUUAAAUAAGUUUAAAAGAAAUUAUUCAGAAUUUUUGACUUUAUUUAUUAUUAUUACUAUUACUACCAAUACUACUACUAUUACCAUCAUCAUCAUCAUCAUCCUUUUCACUGUCUAACCAUUCGAUAUUAAACAAAAGUCAAACAAGAAAUCACCUUUCAAUCUUGUAAAUGCAAAUUGUUACUACUCUGUGCCUUCAAUUGUACACUCAUCAUUAUUAUUUGUCAAGGAUGUUUGUAAAAUGGAGGCGCAUAUAAAUUCAUAAUGUCUAUGUGAAGCCGCUUUUUUGUUUAUUUUUGUUUUUUGUGUGUAUGUACGUGACUUAUUAUCAUGCAUAGUACAUAAAGAGAAGAUUUACAAUAAAUUAUUGACAUAUAAUAUUGUCUAUUUUUUCAGAGAAAUAAUAAAGUUAGUUUCGGUGUGAUUCAUUUACCAGUUUUGAACUAUAUAUCUUUUGUUUAUAGAUUAAUGAUAUAGUCUAGUUGUCGCAACUGAUCUAGAAAGUGUAAGUUCAGUACUAUGAUGUAAUUGUUGAAUGUCGAGUGUUAAAC